GGGUUAACUCGGAGCUCUUCCCGGCGCGGAGGGAUCCGGAGGCGAGCCGAUCGUGGUGCUGAGGCUGCCUCAGCGAAAAAAAUGUCCGCCUGAGGAGACCCACAAGUUCUAUUCGGGGGGACCGUCAGCCCGCCCCGGGAGGAAGGGGCGGCCAGGCCCGAGAGCCGCCUCCCCCACCCGGACCCGAGAGCUCGAGCGGGGCAAAGUGAACCGAGCCGCCGGGCGGUGCAAGGGGAAGCCUGAGCCCGCUCUCCCGGCCAAAGUGAACUUUAAUCGGGGUGGUUGGAUGCGGAGACCGGGCGGCAGGAUCUGCUAGAAGUGGCCGAAGAUGAAUCCCCAGCAACAGCGCAUGGCCGCUAUAGGGACCGACAAGGAGCUGAGCGACCUGCUGGACUUCAGUGCGAUGUUUUCCCCACCUGUUAAUAGUGGGAAAACCAGACCAACUACACUGGGAAGCAGUCAGUUCAGUGGAUCAGGUAUGGAUGAACGAGGAGGAACGACAUCUUGGGGAACGAGUGGUCAACCAAGCCCCUCCUAUGAUUCAUCUAGAGGUUUUACAGACAGCCCUCAUUACAGUGAUCACUUGAAUGACAGUCGAUUAGGGGCCCAUGAAGGCUUGUCCCCAACACCUUUCAUGAACUCAAAUCUGAUGGGAAAAACAUCAGAGAGAGGCUCAUUUUCCCUAUACAGCAGAGAUACUGGACUACCAGGCUGUCAGUCUAGUCUCCUGAGACAAGAUAUAGGGCUUGGGAGCCCAGCACAACUGUCUUCAUCAGGAAAACCUGGGACACCAUACUAUUCAUUCUCUACCACAAGUUCUAGGAGAAGACCGCUCCAUGACUCUGCAGCACUUGAUCCUUUGCAAGCGAAGAAAGUCAGAAAGGUGCCUCCUGGUUUGCCUUCUUCUGUAUAUGCACCAUCCCCAAAUUCAGAUGACUUCAACCGUGAAUCUCCUAGUUAUCCAUCUCCUAAGCCACCAACCAGUAUGUUUGCUAGCACUUUCUUUAUGCAAGAUGGGACCCACAAUUCUUCUGACCUUUGGAGUUCAUCAAAUGGGAUGAGCCAGCCUGGUUUUGGUGGAAUUCUGGGGACCUCCACUUCCCACAUGUCUCAGUCCAGUAGUUAUGGCAGCCUUCAUUCACAUGAGCGCUUGAGUUAUCCUCCUCACUCAGUUUCACCAACAGACAUAAGCACGAGUCUUCCACCCAUGUCCAGCUUUCAUCGUGGCAGCACCAGCAGCUCACCUUACGUUGCUGCCUCACACACUCCUCCUAUCAAUGGAUCAGACAGCAUUCUAGGAACCAGAGGGAACGCUGCUGGAAGUUCACAAACAGGUGAUGCACUUGGAAAGGCUUUGGCAUCUAUUUAUUCUCCUGACCACACCAGCAGUAGUUUUCCAUCAAAUCCAUCAACACCAGUUGGAUCACCUUCACCUCUCACAGGUACCAGUCAGUGGCCCAGACCUGGAGGGCAAGCGCCUUCAUCCCCAAGCUAUGAAAACUCACUUCACUCCCUGAAAAAUCGAGUUGAGCAGCAACUUCACGAGCAUUUGCAAGAUGCAAUGUCCUUCUUAAAGGAUGUCUGUGAGCAGUCUCGAAUGGAGGAUCGUUUAGACAGACUGGAUGAUGCUAUCCAUGUGCUGCGGAACCAUGCUGUGGGACCUUCCACAAGUUUACCUGCUAGUCACGGUGACAUACACAGUUUAUUGGGACCAUCCCAUAACACACCAAUUGGAAGCCUCAAUUCAAACUAUGGAGGAUCGAGCCUUGUUACAAGCAGUAGAUCAGCUUCAUUGGUUGGAACUCACCGGGAAGACUCCGUCAGUCUCAAUGGCAAUCAUUCAGUCCUGUCUAGUACAGUAACUGCUUCAAGCACAGAUCUGAACCAUAAAACACAAGAAAACUAUAGAGGUGGCUUGCAAAGUCAAUCUGGAACUGUUGUUGCAACAGAAAUCAAGACUGAAAACAAAGAGAAAGAUGAGAACCUUCAUGAACCUCCGUCAUCAGAUGACAUGAAAUCAGAUGAUGAAUCCUCCCAAAAAGAUAUCAAGGUUUCAUCUAGAGGCAGAACAAGCAGUACCAAUGAAGACGAGGAUUUGAACCCAGAACAGAAGAUAGAAAGGGAGAAGGAGAGGCGGAUGGCCAAUAAUGCCAGAGAACGCUUGCGUGUGCGAGAUAUUAAUGAGGCAUUCAAAGAGCUUGGCCGAAUGUGUCAGCUUCAUUUGAAGAGUGAAAAACCCCAAACAAAACUCCUUAUUCUUCAUCAGGCCGUGGCAGUCAUCCUUAGUCUAGAACAGCAAGUCAGAGAGAGGAACCUUAACCCCAAAGCAGCCUGCCUUAAGAGAAGGGAAGAAGAAAAAGUUUCUGCCGUAUCGGCAGAGCCACCAACCACACUGCCAGGAACCCAUCCUGGACUUAGUGAAACUACCAACCCUAUGGGUCAUAUGUAAACAUCAGCCAGUUCCAGAGAUAUCAGUAGGCUAGAUAGAAGGUGACCUCUCCUCAUAAGGACUUGGACAACUCAGAUUUUCUGAAGACACAAACCUGACAGGAGGGAGAAGAAAAAACAAAACACUUGAAGCAAGAAAUUUAAAUGUAAUCCUAUGAUCAAAGCAACUGGUCAACACUUCCAUCAGAAGUGAAGAUAGGAAGCUCAUCAGAUAGAACAUCAGCCUAUGAGAUGUUUGCAGCAUAUCAGUUUGUUGCGAGCAAUAUGUCGCUUCUGCACAAUCAGAGACUGUCUCGAUCUCUCCACUCACCGUGGAAGUUGCCUUGUGCCUAAACUGAAUUGACAAAUGCAUUGUAACUACAAAUUUUAUUUAUUGUUAUGGAACUGUAAGGUCUACAUAUAAAGGGAAAAAGUUAAUGUGGAAAGCUGAUCUACACUCAGCUGAUGCCAGCAUUCAUUAAAGCUGUUCACAUGCAGAGAACAAAGCAGUGACAACCAUUGGCCCUUAGCAUUCCCGGCAUACCUGUUAGUGUCUUAAAAAGGAAGGGAAAAGUCUUUUGUUGCCCUCUCCUAUCCUUUUGCCAUAUGAAUAGUGUUUUCCAUGAAAUAGGAAAAUAUUACAUGGAUAGCAUUUCUCUUACCCUCAUUUUUUCAUCUAUUUCUUUUCCUCUUUCUGGGUGUUAUAUUUGAUCUCUGAAUCUGAAUAGUUUAUGGUCCAGAAUCCUCCUUGCAACCCUGUGUGCUUUGCACAGUAACCUUACAGUGGUAAGCAGAGACCAUCUGUGACCAUAGCUUAGCUUAAGAUUUUUUUUAAAGGGGGAAAUUUUAUUCCCUAGGUUUUCCCUCAAAUAAACAUUGCUUUAUUUCUAAUAAUAACCAAGACUUUUCAAGCUUCUAGGUCUCAUAGUAAAGCUUGUAAUAGCAAGAAGUGUAAAUUGCAAGGAAGAAUCUACUUUUUAGACAUUGCUUUGUUUUCCAAGCAGUACUGCGUACAGUACUUGUGAAGUGUUAGCUGUAAGUAAGCACACAAUACAUUCAAAAUACAAAGACGGUUUUUCAGGCUGUGAUCAUGGUGAACAUAACAAAACUCAAUAGUCACCAAGGCAGGUAGUGUAAUAAAUGAACACGCCACUCUGAGGCUAAUUACCUAAUGGAAUACAAGAGCAGUGGUCACCCGUAUUUCUUUAUCCUGGCCUUUAUUUCUCUGUCACUUGAAUGGCUGGUCAAUGGGGAGGAAUUCAGUGAUUUAAUCAACUGCAAACCAUCUGCCCCUGUCCCACAGUGAUGAGCCAGAUUAGCAUUAAACCAGUACUUGUCAGUCCAUCUGAAUACUGUGUAUUAAGGCACCCUCUGUCUCUAAUCCUUAGGAGUUGUUUUUUAAUAAUCACUUUGAACUUCCAUGAAAUCUGUCUUCCACCACAACAACCCUGGGAGAGAAAAACAUACCAAGCAAGGUUAUCUUGGCUUGAUUAUUCCUCCUAGCCAGUAUCAACAAUGGCAGUCACACAGGAGAAAGGACCCAAAUCCACUGUGUAACUUAAAGAUUUCUGUUAAUUUGAAAGAACAAAAAAUAAGACAGAACUUCUGAUCCUCCAAUCAGGAUAAUUCCUAACAAAUCAGUCCUUUGUGAACUUAGUGGACUUUUUGGUUGUUUUAAUUUGCAUAUAUUCUCCAAUUACAUCAGACUCUAUCCGUGGCCUUGUUCUUCAUUUCAGUGUUAAUCAGCUAAACAGAAGUUGUUGCUUAUGAUGUGUGAGUGAGCAUAUGCCACUGCCUGGCCUUUUUUCUUCAGAGCUUGUUGUCUUUUUCGCUAUAUUAGACUUUGCAGUAUGCCCAGAAGCUUUCCUUCAUAAAAUAGAAAGAAAAAAACAUUUGGCUUAUUUUUCACUGUAGCUAGUCUUUUAUACAAUAAUCUUGUAAGAAAAUUUCUUGAAUUCUAAAUAUUACUCUUUCUAGAUUUUUGAAAUCAAAAAGUUUUCAGUAAAAAGUUUCUUACUUUAUUUUAUUAUAUUAGGUAGUAAAAAUGUAGGGUUAUUUACCAUAACCUGUUCAUUAAUAUCAGAAAUUUACAAUAGCAUUUUAAGACCAUAGUAGGAUUCUAGCAUACCGUGUAGUACCUAUGGAGUAUUGUAAGAGCUAAUUGUCCGAGAUGAAUUGCUUCUCAUCUUGUUCUCCAGUUUCCAUUGUUGGUUUAUUGCAGAUUUGUAUCCUGUGUCAAAUUCAAGGUAUUAUUGAUAAACCUUUUCAACCAGCAGCAAGAAGUUCAAAUUUUUUUCUGUCACUGUAACAGAAAAUACAAUAUGUAUAUAACAUUUAUGUAGCAAUAAAUGUGCCAUCUUUUUUUUAACAUAGUAAA